UUUUGAUUGUAAAUAUUAUUUGGCGAGUUUACCGUUCCAAGAAAUAAAAUAAAUUACAUGCGGUAAUACACAAUCACAAAUAAAAUGCGUUGCGUUAAUAUAUAUUACAAAAUUCUGGCAAUUGGUUUCUAUAUUGUUUUUGUGCGUUGCACUGAAUUUCCGGAAUGUAUGCCUGUGUUGAAUUUUGUUUCCCAUUACACAAAGUUGCUGGACAUCAUUCCACGGAAUAUUGUUCCAAUAUCGAGCUAUUGCUCCAAUGAUACUUUCACGUCCUUUUAUGAGCGCUCGGUUUCAGAAUAUCAGCAGGCGUUAAGUGACCACAAAUGCCACUUCCAUCUUCACAAGUUGAAUGUCAUCGAGAUGUUAUUUAAUCAAAUGCAGGAAAUAUGGACUAACGCUCAUUGCCAAGACUGCAUAGAUAAUAAAAAUGAUACGCAAGAGUUUUUUGAGUUAACCAAUCAAUUGAGUAUUUGUGUCAAUAAUAGUAUCGCUCAUAAAGAAUCACCAUGCACUGCUUGCGCAACUAAUUAUAGCCUGGUGCAAGAUCAUUACGAAACUACGAAUAAGCAACGUAGAGGAAAGCUUUGUUUCGACAUAGAAGAUCAAAUGAACCAAACUCGACACGAUUGGAGUGCUCAAUACAACUGUUGCGCUGAUAAACAACGAUCUCAAAAGCUUUUCAUAAGUUUCGCGACGAUUUUUUCAAGCUUGCCGUUAAUUUUUUAUGUGAUAAUGUAUUUGAUAACACAACGUAAAGCAACUCGCGAGGAACUUGCGAGAGUUCCCCUGUUGGAUACUAAUUCUGACUCCUGUAACCAGAUCGAAACUUCCACUCAGAAGGAAAAUGAAAACAAUAAAAUCAUUAAUCAAACAGAUCAAGAACCUACAGCUAGCUCGAGUCACGCGUUUACCAACAAAAACAUUUCAUAUUCAGAAAACGAAAAGAUAAACAACUUGGGUCAUUCUCAUGUGCGCGAGGGACAUCUCAUAACUCUAGAUGCUGAGACUGCCAACGCGAGCAUCAAUAAAGACAAAGGCUCAAAAUUGUCUCCUGAAGCUAAUGAUGAUUUCAAUUUUUCAAAAGGCCACGCAAGUACGAACAACUUGUUAGGAAUUUAACGUUAUUUUAAAACUCGAAUUUCAAAUAAAUCAUUAUUCCCGUCAGUAGCUGUUUUUGGCAACAAUAUUGUUCUUGAAGAAAAAAUAUAAGUU